AUGGAUAAUGCUGGCAUCGACGGUUCCUUGUUGGUACUCCAAGAAGAGAAUGGUGUGAAUGACUAUAAAUUGCUUAAAUGGUAGAUUGUAGCCUAAAAAUGGUGCAAAGUUAAUGGUACCAAAGGUAUAAAUCUCUCAGUAUACAAUGAAAUUUCAGUCGCUAUUGUCGAUUCUAGAGGACUUCUAAGUUUGUCAUCACAGGUUGGACAACAAAGUGAGGUUGCUAAAAUUAACUCUAAUCCUGGAAAUUAAUAAAAUACACCUUAGCCAAUCUUGAAUAGUAGCAAUACCGAUUGGGUAAGAACCUCAAUACCAGGACAUCACUACAAUAAACUCACUCUCCUGAAAAGUGCAUAGCCAGGGAAAUUCACACCAUAGGAAGUUUUAGCUUCAUUUAAUACUAGUUCUGAUAUCUUUGUGAUAUAUAAGGCAAGCACCUCCAAGGUAGUGGGAGCCUAUUUCUAAGAUCUUUUUGCUUUACCUAUAAGUGAUUGGCAUCCAACUGAGAAUGAGAAAGAAAGACAUCUUCAGUAAUAUACAGCAGUCUUAGCUGUCACAGAAAGAAUAAUAUUAGAUCAUCCUCAAAGUUCUAGUCCUCGUGAUAGUUGGCUGUAUCAGUUUAGAUAAGACCUAGCUACUGGGGUCAACAACGAUAGAGGUAUAUUCCACUUCCAUCCCGAAUGUAUCAUCAAUUCACCAACAGUUAACACAAAAGAAUAUCCUUAAGAUUAUUUGUGGUCUGGGAUGCAAAUGUUUCUGCUGAGUUAAUGA